AUGGGAAUUGAAGAUGUUACUGUUGAUAAUACUAACCCAGAUUCUGAGAUUCUUUUUUCUAUGAACGUUGAUAAACAAGAUAUUAACAUUGUUGUAGAUAAGGAGACUACAGAAGUUAAGGCAGUCCAUGGUGAGAAUAAUACUGAGACACCAACAAAAGAUAAAGGAAAUAAUACUAAGAAACAAUUUGAGGCGGAGGUUCAUGUUGAAACAAAGAAACUGGCAGAGAAUGUGAAUAAAGAGGAAUCAAUUGUUGGUAAUAAGGAAGAAAUAAUUAAGGUUAUUGGAGAAGUAUCUGUUGAGAGGAAAGCUAUUGCUGAAUUGAGCACAUCUAUAGAGUCAUCUUCUCCGACAACAGUUCAGGCCUCACCGACAGCAGCAACCGACAAAGGUGUACUAAAAAGGAAAAAACCUGAAAUAUUUAUUGCCCCAUUUGCUUCUGGAUCAGAAACAGAAGAUGAACCCUCAAAAAUUCCCCAAACAUGCAUAAGAAUCCAAAGAAAGAAGCAUGAGGAACCAAAGCAGAAAACAAAGGCAACCCCUCCGACACCCAAGAAGCAAAUUUUGAAGGAAAGGAAACCAACAGAGAAGAAGAGACCAGUAAAAGACACUCUUCCACCAUUCAGGAAGGAGAAGAAAUCAGAGCUAGACAAAGCCUUAGAAUCUGAUGCUAGAAGAUUGCCUGCUAUUGAGGAGGAUGAGCAUAUUAAGGUUCAGGAUUUGUUGACUGUUUGUGGUGCUAUUACUGAAGAGGAGAUGCAACAGUGUCUUGAUUUUGCAAAUGAAACAAUUUUCCAGAGUAGACACAAGCAUGUUAGCUUAAUGGUUAAGCAGGUCACACCGGAACAAAUCAUUUCGGAUGUAGAGGUUAUUUAUUUUGAGGCAGUUAAUAAACAGGUUGAGGACAUUGAACCUCCGACAAUAAGUGUACAUAUGGAAGAGGUCAAGGUAGAGCAGGUUACUGCACCAAGUGGCAAAGCCACCGGUGUAAGUCAACAGGUUCAAAAUAACGAUAAAAUUUUGGAUAGUCAUCCAUUGUUGGCACUUGAUACUUCUAGUCAAGUAGAUUUUGGGAGGAAGAGCAUUGAUCAAUUGAGAAACUCAGAAAGGAUGAUGGUAGCUACACAGAGACUUUUGAAGGAAGGAUCAGAAGAGAAACAGGUUAUAGUGCAAGCUAUACCAGUCUUGCAACAACUAGUUCCGAAAUACACUAGUCUGGUAGCUAGCCCCUCCGGUAAGCUUAAAGGUUUGACUGAACACAUUGCAAAGGAGUUCCAAACUCUUCAACAAGUGUCAAACCGAUAA